CUGGUUAAGGAAGCUAAGCUGUCCAUCAAUGUUAUGUUUUGUAGUUCGGACAGAACCUCAUGUUAUGAUCACCCAAGACAAAUUCCUUUGCUGCACAAUGGUGUAUUACCUCACUACUCUCAAUCAACCACCCGGAGUCAUAGUUCCUGCCUGCAAUCUGUCCGACCAACAACAGGGUUUGGAUGGAACAAGUUAUCAACGUCAUCGCAGGGCAGAAGGGCGGGAAGCAGAAAGUGUGUGGAUUCAACCUUUAGAACCGAAUCCUUGUUGUCGAUCCCUUUGCCUCCACCAACGGAAGAUUUCAUCAUUGGUCAAAGUCGAUCACCAGUAUCCAGGGUUGACAAACUUGCCGGUCCGAUAAUGAAUGCUGGUGAAUCUAUCUUAUUGCGAGACUAUACACACAAUGGUGAUUGCGACAGUAUUAUUUGUCCUUCUCCAAAUUUACCGACAUUAAGAUGUGUGGCUGAGAGGAUGAAGUCAGAAAAUCAUCUCGGUCGUUUGGAUUUUCGUGAGAACAUAUUGCAAAGGCGUGGAUUUUCGCUUGAAAGCAAUCCUGACAGUAGACCUCUGACAUCAGUGCUGAAUGGAAAGUGCAAACCAGGUGGGAAUGCCGCCUCUUGUUUUUCCAGUGAAAAGCGUUCGCCAACACAAAUUUCAUGUAAAUCAAUACCAACACCCACAGGGUUGUCCGAAUCUCAUCCAACUGCUCCAGUUAAACCUACGGGAGGGGACUUUAGCGCACCGAGACUGGAUACGUUGUCUGUACCGAAGGCUACACCACUAACUACUUCACCCGCCGGAAGUACCAUGUUGCGGACUAUGUUGGAUGCUUCAGGAUAUGACGGACCCUUUCAAAGGAGUCACGAGUCUGACUUACUUUCGAAACCUGAGUGGUCCUCGCUUCCCUCUUCAAAACGUUCCGGUGCAAGUAUACCCCGUCACGAUCAUUCUAUUACCAAAUUGCUUCCCAUUGCGGAAGGCUGCCACGAAUCAUUUGUCCGUUUGAAUUCCACUGCUAAAGCGGAGCCUUACUGUACCCCUCCACGGGUUGAACCUCCCCCCUUCCAAGUGCAACACCAAGCUCAAGACAAAUGUAUUCAAACCGAUGACCACCUUCUCCGAUUCAGCAGACAAACAUCUCCUGCGGGCUAUCGUCCACCUUCGACAUAUUCCAUAUUUGGCGCUUUGGAAGAUGUACUGGAUUUCGCCUCGGCUUUAUUACCGUUUCGUAAACGUCGACAAUACUAUCCAUCUUCAGAUUUCUUGUCGCCUGGAGUAAUGGGAAAGGUCAUACAAACAGGAAGGUCAUUUUCAAAAUCCCCGAUGAAGCGUUCCUCCCUGCGAAGGCGUAAGCGCCUAUCGAUUCGGCGAAGCCGAUAUUAA